AUGGCUGAUGGGACAUUUCUGCUGCAUGGUACCCCUCCAACUCCUGUGCCACUGAAGGCUCCUGAUGAUUGGAGCCCAUACUGCAAUGGAAUUGAAUUUGAGGCGGCAGAGUUCGCAUUCAAAAGAUGCCACAUGUCAGCAAGGAAUUUGGAUUUCCUGUAUGCAACGCAGCUUGGUGAUGUCCUUUGGCAGUGUUUCUCUGCACAAUACACAGGAGAACGACCCAAGGUUGUCCCACCUUGGAUGGAUGAAGAAUUUGAGGACACCAUAUUGCAAGAUCCAGAAACACAUGGAUCUGCUUUGAUCCCAAUCAUUCUCAGUAGUGACAAGACUACUGUCUCUGUGGGCACUGGUAAUAAUGAGUAUUACCCCCUCUAUGCCUCAAUCGGUAACAUAUGCAACAAUGUACGACAUGCGCACCGUGAUGCUCUUGUCAUCAUCGGUUUCCUUGCCAUACCCAAAACUGACAAGAUGCAUUCGAAAGAUGACUUAUUUCGGAUAUUUCACCACCAGCUGUUCCACAGCUCAUUGUCUGUGAUUCUCUCCAGUCUAAAACCUGUUAUGACUGAGUAUGAGGUUGUGCGCUGUGGAGAUGGACACUUUUGGCGCAUCAUAUAUAGUCUAGGACCAUACAUUACAGAUUACGAAGAACAACUAGUGCUAUCCUGUAUUGUCAAACAUUGGUGCCUGAAAUGCAUUGGAGUUCACACAAACCUUGAUGCUGACAUUCAUGAGUUGCUGUCAUUUGACCUCCUCCACCAGCUAAUUAAAGGGGCUUUCAAAGACCAUCUCGUUGAUUGGGUAGCAAAGUACCUCAAGGCUGUGCACAGGACCAAACAGUUAGAGGAGAUCAUGAGUGACAUAGAUCGCAGAGUUGCUGCUGUACCAUCAUUCUCUGGUCUACAACAUUUCCCUCAAGGCCAUGAUUUUAAACAGUGGACUGGCGAUGAUUCCAAAGUGCUCAUGAAAGUGUUUCUUCCGGCUAUUGAAGGUCACGUACCUCAAGACAUGGUGCGCGUGUUUCAUGCAUUGUUAGAAUUCUGUUAUCUUGUCUGGCACAAUGUCAUUACCAAAGAUACACUGAUUCAGAUUCAAGACGCACUUGGUCGUUUUCAUCAAUAUCACACGAUAUUUGAAAACAUCGUUCCCACCUUCUCACUCCCCCAUCAGCACUUGAUGGUUCAUUAUGUCAACAUGAUCAGACUCUUCGGUGCCCCUAACGGACUGUGCUCAUCGAUCACAGAAUCAAAGCACAUCAAGGCCAUAAAGGAGCCUUGGUGGUGGUCGAACAGGCACAAUGCUCUUGGUCAGAUGCUUGUGACCAAUCAGUACCUUGAUAAGCUCACAGCGUCCCAUGCGGACUGUGAUGCACGAGGGAUGCUCACUGGCACAAUUUUAUCAAGUACUUUAGCUGCUCUUGUAACAGCAUUGGCACAUGAAGUUGCUCUCAACCCGGAUGAUGCCCACAACCCCAAAGAUAUCCCAGCUGCUAGCUUGCCUCGACAUGAAGGCAAGCUUCAGGUCUUCAAUUCUGCUGCUGCAAUGUUUUAUGCUCCCAGUGAUCUGAGUGGCAUUGGUGGCAUGCGAUGCAAACAUAUCCAUGCAUGUCCACUCUGGCGAAACGAGUACCCACGCAAUGAUUGCAUGUUCAUUAACACUGAUUCAGAUGCUGAAGGGAUAGUCAUAUGCUUCUUUUCAUUCAAGCACAACUGGGAAUGGUUUGAGAAGAUUGGUGACUGCCCUGAUGAAGAUACUGGCAUGUGGAUGGUCGCUCCAAGUUUUCAUGAGGACGGCUCGAGGAACCUUGCUGUCAUUCACAUUGAGACAGUCUUCCAUGCAGCACACUUGAUAGCUAUCUAUGGUUCAGAGUACAUUCCUCACUCCCUCAAGUUUUAUCAUUCUCUUGACAUUUUCGGCUCAUUUUAUGUCAACAAAUAUGCUGACCAUCAUGCAUUUGAGAUAGUGUCCUGA